AUGGUACUGGCCGAUCUGGGCCGCAAGAUCACAUCAGCACUGAGGUCGCUCAGCAAUGCCACCAUCAUCAAUGAAGAGGUCCUCAACUCCAUGCUGAAGGAGGUGUGCGCUGCCCUCCUGGAGGCUGACGUGAACAUCAAGCUCGUGAAGCAGCUGCGAGAAAAUGUCAAGGCCGCCAUUGACCUGGAGGAAAUGGCGUCCGGUCUGAACAAGAGGAGGAUGAUCCAGCACGCUGUCUUCAAGGAGCUGGUCAAGCUGGUGGACCCAGGUGUGAAGGCAUGGACACCGGUCAAAGGGAAGAAUAACGUCAUCAUGUUUGUCGGCCUGCAGGGCAGCGGCAAGACCACCACUUGCUCCAAGUUAGCGUAUUACUACCAAAGAAAAGGCUGGAAGACGUGCCUCAUCUGUGCCGACACCUUCAGAGCAGGUGCUUUCGAUCAGCUCAAACAAAACGCCACCAAAGCCAGAAUACCCUUUUAUGGCAGUUACACAGAAAUGGACCCGGUGGUGAUUGCGGCGGAGGGCGUGGAGAAGUUCAAAGGCGAGAACUUUGAGAUCAUCAUCGUGGAUACGAGCGGACGCCACAAACAGGAAGACUCGCUGUUUGAGGAGAUGCUGCAAGUCUCCAACGCUGUGCAACCUGACAACAUCGUCUACGUGAUGGACGCAUCCAUCGGCCAGGCCUGUGAGUCUCAGGCCAAAGCCUUCAAGGACAAAGUGGACGUGGCGUCAGUCAUCGUCACCAAGCUGGACGGACACGCCAAAGGAGGCGGAGCUCUGAGCGCUGUGGCGGCCACCCGGAGUCCGAUUAUCUUCAUCGGCACGGGCGAGCACAUCGACGACUUUGAACCCUUCAAGACCCAGCCGUUUGUCAGCAAACUGCUCGGCAUGGGCGACAUUGAAGGGCUGAUUGACAGAGUCAACGAGCUGAAGUUGGAUGACAAUGAGGAGCUGAUUGAUAAACUCAAACACGGCCAGUUCACCCUCAGAGACAUGUACGAACAGUUCCAGAACAUCAUGAAGAUGGGACCCUUCGGACAGAUCAUGGGUAUGAUUCCUGGCUUCGGAACAGACUUUAUGAGUAAAGGGAAUGAGCAGGAAUCCAUGGCCAGACUGAAGAAACUCAUGACCAUCAUGGAUAGCAUGAACGACCAAGAGCUGGACAGUAAGGACGGUGCCAAGCUGUUCAGCAAGCAGGCAAACCGUAUCCAGCGUGUGGCUCGGGGAGCGGGCGUGGCCACUCGUGAUGUCCAAGAACUUCUAACCCAGUACACCAAGUUUGCUCAGAUGGUCAAAAAGAUGGGCGGCAUCAAAGGCCUCUUUAAAGGCGGAGACAUGUCCAAGAACGUCAAUCCUUCUCAGAUGGCCAAACUCAACCAGCAAAUGGCCAAGAUGAUGGACCCUCGUGUGCUUCACCACAUGGGUGGUAUGCAAGGCCUGCAGUCGAUGAUGCGUCAGUUCCAGCAGGGCGCGGCGGGAAACAUGAAAGGCAUGAUGGGAUUCAACAACAUGUGA